AUGGGCGAUAAGACAGAGAAGUUUGUUCUUUCUUCAGAAUCCAUCCCCCAAGAAAAGCCCUUGGGACCAUCCCCACCUCCGAACGGUGGUACAAUAGCAUGGCUCAAUGUACUUGGCAGCUUUAUGCUGUACUUCAACACAUGGGGCAUCCUGAAUACCUUUGGCGCCUAUCAAACCUACUAUGAGUCCGGUGCUCUUUUCCACUCUAACUCGUCCGACAUCUCCUGGGUGGGGUCAAUUGCCGCAUUCAUGCUGCUGUUUGUCGGGGUGUUUGUCGGUCCCAUCUAUGACCGCGGCUACCUCCGAACGCUCCUCAUUGUGGGCUCUCUCAUGGUAGUUUUCGGGCACAUGAUGUUGAGUCUGUGCUCCGAAUUCUGGCAGGUUGUGCUGACACAAGGAUUCGUCGUCGGAAUUGGAACGGGAUGUCUAUUUGUUCCAUGUGUCGCCAUCAUUCCCCAAUACUUCACGACUAAGAUGGGAGCUGCAAUGGGCGUGGCAGCUUCGGGGUCCGCUCUCGGCGGUAUCAUCUACCCCAUCGUUCUGUAUCGACUCAUCAAUAAAAUCGGCUUCCCCUGGGCAGUGCGCGUUAUCGGAUUCAUAGCACUGGGAACACUGCUUAUUCCAAUUAGCAUCAUGCGUCUGCGCGUACAACAGCCCAAGGUGCGCGCCAUGGUCGAUCCCACCGCAUUCAAGGACCCAGCUUAUCUGGCUUUCGUGUUCACCUCGCUUAUUGCAUACAUGGGAUUAUUUGUUAUCUUGUUCUACCUGUCCUUCUUCGCCGAGGCAACCCACAUCACAGAUAGCAGUCUGGCCUUCUACAUGGUGCCCAUCUUCAACGCAGCUUCGGUCUUUGGUCGUACAAUUCCAAACAAACUCGCAGACCGUUUCGGUCCUUUUAACCUUCUCGUUCCCGCUGCGCUAUCCUUGGGCAUGUUGAUGUUCUGCAUGAUGGCAGUUCAUUCGAAGGCAGCAGUCAUUGUCAUGGCGAUUUUGUCCGGUUUCAUGAGUGGUGCGCUGAUCGGACUGCCGCCUAUGUGUCUGGUCAUUCUGACGGCGGACAAGUCGAAGUUAGGCACCCGUGUUGGCAUGGGGUACGCAAUCAUUGCACUGGGAGUGCUGGCUAGUGGUCCUAGCGGUGGUGCAAUUCUCAGGAAUGGUGGUGCAUCGCUCGAUUGGCACAGUUUGUGGGUGUUCGGUGGCGUUCCGACCUGCGUGUCGGGAUUAGGCUAUGCAUCGAUUAGAAUCUUCAAGUAUGGACCAAAGCUGAAUAUCAAGGCGUGA